ACCAAUUCUCUCCAUUCAUUCUCCAUUCGUAACUCAGAGUUCCGACAUUUUUCUUGGCUAAAUCCAAAAUUUGUACAGUUUAAUUUUCAAUUCAAAAAAGACUCCUCCGACACCCUUUCCUUAAUCUGCCAGGAUGCGUCUUCUCCAGACUCUGCUCACGAGGAUGUCGCGCCUGGGAGGCAGCGUCGCCUGGCGAUCCUCGACUCAGAAUCAGGCCGCCGGCUCCAGAGUGAAGCGCCGACCGACUACGAGCAAUACUUUGGCAGAUCGUCGCUUCGCACAGAACCUGAGCGGAGAUCUGAAGAAGCCAGGCUCGUCCUCUCUAGCGUCGAUGCGCGAGUUCUUCAUGCAUCCCCAUACUUGGGACCGCAACAACGGCUACUUCAACGUGGUGCUGGCCCUGUCCAUAUUCGGGUUCUGCUUCUUCAACUCAUGCUCCCCCAGCGAGGAGAAGGUCGCCGCAGCUAACGAAGUGGCCCCGCCCAAGAAGUGAUGGCUCGGGAGUGGAGGCGGAAUGUGCAUCGGAACACUCACCUUGAUUGCACGCGCAGACCAGGCCAGAGUUGGUCGAGUGGCACUUGGCGUUCAUGUCGCAGAGCGUGGGGUUGUUGAGGCAGUUCUGCUCCUCGAUGCACACGUAGCCGUCGCCGUGGUAGCCGGCGAUGCACUGGCACUCAUAAUUCGCAGGAUCCCUGGAAUCGCAAAAUACAAAUAAAAUAUACGAAUGACCCCCAG